GGAAAGGAUUGAAGAAAACAAAUGCCACUGGUCACUUUGUAUUUUUUUCGUUCCCACUUAGAUUAUGGGGGAGUCCCUAUUAGUCAGUGAAUCUCUCUCUCUGCAAUAUCCUGAAAAAAUCCCAUUUUCCAUUGCCUUCGUCCCUAAUCAGAUGACUCGUUUUCCUCUCAAAGAUGCCACCUUUUCUCCCUUUUUCUGAUUAUUAUUACCAUUAUCAAUAUCAGACAACCACCGCCAUGCUUGUUUUUCUCGUACUAAUCGCUGCUUUUACCGUUUCCCUUUCUUUCCUCUCCGUCAUUGUUUUCUCUCUUUACUCCAGGAAAUUUAGAUACGCAACGACGAAAAGUCCAGGCCCGAAACAGCUACAGAAAGUUACAGAGAAUGACCCGCUUCCGUAUAUAUUGAAAGCUGCUGCUGCGGCGGCGGAUUCUGAUGAGAAAGCCCAGUUGGGUCAUGAUGGAUCCAAGGCGGCGACCGAAAUGACCCGCUCGAUCGUUCUGGAGGUAUUGCCUUCUGAUUCGCCUAAAUGCGGGGAGUUGUUUAAAGAUGAGGGGGCGGAUAAAAUUGGGUCGGUUCUUCUAGAUGGCGAUGAAGAAGAGGAGAAAAAGAAGAAGAAGAAGAAGCAGAAGCGGGCUAAGAAGAAGAGACCCGACCCAAAUACAGGGGGUGGUGAAAUGGCUGUGGAGAAGAAGAAGAAGGAAGAGCUGCUCUGUUUGUUUCCAUUUACGACGUCAUCCAGUGCCAUUCAGAGAAAGAUCAAGAAUCAGUAUGAUCAACUUGUCAAGUCCCAUGAUUCCACUGGCUUAACUCUCGUUCAGGUUGGGCAGUUUGUUAAUUGCCUGGUUGGAGCCAAAAAAGAGCUGCAACACAGGUCUGAGGUUAUUCAACGGAAGUUUACCAUUGCAAAAGCUUUACUGCUGAAGGCAGACAGGUCUUCAUUUGAUCGCUUACGUAAACAGAUUUACAAGCUAGAAUUAGAGCAAAAACGAUUAGAAGAGGAUGCUUUUGUAUAUAAUUGGCUCCAACAACAGCUGAAGCUCUCUCCUGCUUACAAGAAGGUAGUUAACAAAUUGAAAUGAAAACUACUUAUUCUCUCGCAAAUAUGUUGACAUAAGCGUCUACUGUGAUAAUUCUUACUGAAGAUUCUGGAAAUCGGUGCCUCCAUGGAAACGACACACAAAGUUGGUGCAGAAGUAGAGAGCAGUGAUAAUGAUUUUGCUGAUAUUUCAUUUGAAGAGUUGUUAGCUCAGGAAAAGAAGGAUGUGUUUUGGUUGGUCUCUCGCUUCAAAAUCAACAAUUGUUUCUUUCCUGCUGGUGUGAUGCUAAUGAUGUUAUUUCAAAUUUUGCAGGCAGAGAAAUGGGAAGAUUACCAGAUCAAGUUGAGUUUUGGCGGGGAUAACUUUAUUUGCGCUAACUUUUUAGUGGCAGUAUGUACAUCAAUCACCCUAAAACUGCACAAUGCAGCAGAAAUUUUGUAGUUCAGGGCUUCUGGCUGGUGCUCCAUGGAGUUAAUUUUGAUAGAGAAUUUUGUAGUCCUCUCUCCCAAUCAAAUUUGCAGUGACCUUUUCCGACUCUUCGCAAUGUAGAUUCAUCAGUUUAUGCUCCCUUUUUGGCUUUGCAUCUGUGUGAAAAGUUCAUAGUUCUGUUAAUGAGCAAAGUUCCCGAAAAUUUGUGAGUCUGGCAUUGCCCAGGGUUCUGAAUACCUUAUCAGUUAUCAUACAGUAAAGAGUUUAAAAUACCAUGGAUAUGCUGCUUAUAUUUGUACUCAUAUGUCAAACAAGAUCUUGAUCAAACUUUUGUGCAUCAACUCUGCCUUGAAAUUAUGCAGCUUCAAUAGCCUAGUUGUCUUCUAAUUAAAAUACAGUUCCGCCAUUUCACUAGUAGGGCAUGGCGAAUACACGGAAAUUUGAAGAUUCAUUCCUUGGAUAGCUCUACCAAGGAAUGGGAAGCAAAAAAGGUAUUAGGAAGGGGGAGGGUGCAAUUAUGCCCUAAUGCCAGCCAUGAACAUCAUGCUUUUGAUUUUGAUGAUUGAGC